UGCGUAAGGAAGGACACACGUGAGCACAUCAGUCGCACAUCAUAUAGAGUGAGUAAAAGAUCGUCGGAGUGACUAUUUUUUAUUUGAUAUUACCCGACAGCACGAUUCGAAUAUCUUCUGAUAAGAUCCAGCGUCUUUGACUGUGAUAGCUGUUAAAAGUGGAAAUGUCGAGCCUGUCAGCAGCCAGUGUUGAGGCUUCACCAGCAAUAGAGGCGGCAGAGCAGAAGAAACCCCUCAAGCCAUGCUGUGCGUGUCCUGACACCAAGAAAGCUCGAGAUGCGUGCAUAAUUGAAAAGGGAGAAGAAAGCUGCACAGGUCUUAUUGAAGCUCACAAGGAGUGCAUGAGGGCACUCGGUUUUAAGAUAUAAUACCACUAUCAUCAUCAUCAGACUGAGUGAAUGUGUCUGACAACCUGUGUGAAAUGGAUCCCAGUGUGCUCAUUUAUAUUUAUAUUUUUAUACUGCAGGGAAGAUUAUGCGGGGCUGAAUUUAUUCCUCUGAGGGAAAUGUCUGUCUUUUCUUUCAUAUUUGAUUUGUGCACAUUUACGGUCAAUAAAGAUCCUAUGCAAGAUGUUAA